GAUCACUUGCGUAAGUCGAGCUUGGUCAACUUUGGUUUCGCUUUUGCUUUAACCAGCGUCCUGGAGUGCUGGGCAGACUCAUCACUCAAUUAAAUCUCCCCACCAUUUCCUCUGUCAAAAAGCACCAAGCAUGGCACUCGAACGCAUUAAGAAGGUGGCCCUCUUCACCCGGUUAAUCGCCUACGGUUUCCGUAUCUAUUUCGGAGUCUUGCGUCGCGCCUUGUCAGGCAAGUUUGCUGCACUCACUGCACCGAAGGCAAUCCCGCCCGCCGACCCCUCCGAAGUAAAGAAUGUGGUGGUUGUCGGCGCCGCCUUCGCCGGCUACAUCGCUUCCCACAUCCUCGCCUCGUCGCUCCCACGGGAUGGCCGGUACCGACUCAUUGUCAUCGAACCAAACAGUCACUUCAACUUCACAUGGGUGCUGCCGCGCUUCUCGGUGAUCAGCGGCCACGAGCACAAGGCAUUCAUCCCCUACUCCCCGUCAUUCUUUUCCAAGAGCCCAAAGGGCAUGGUUCAGUGGGUACGAGACCGGGUGACAAGUGUGCGGAGCCACAGCGUCGUCCUGCGCAGCGGCGAUGAGAUUCCCUACGAGUUCCUCAUUAUUGCGACGGGGUCAACAGUCCCGCACGGGUUACCGUCCCGGAUUGGCGCGGAGAACCGGGAAGACGGCAUAGAGAUUCUCAAGGCGAUGCAAGCUCGCAUCAAGGCAGCAACCCGAAUCGUUGUCGCAGGGGGGGGUGCCGCCGGCGUCGAGCUGGCCACCGAUGCCAAAAAUCAAUAUCCGGAUAAAUCAGUCACUCUCGUGCACUCGCGACAGGCGGUGAUGCAUCGUUUCGGACCAGGGCUUCAAAAGGGUGCUUUGGACGGCCUGCAGAAACUGGGCGUCGAUGUUAUCCUCGGCGAGAGAGUCGAUCCACAAAGCGUCGACGGCAAGUUCAUCACACUCGCCUCCGGGCGCGAGAUCGAGUGCGACUGCUUCAUCAACUGCACGGGUCAAAAGCCGGCAUCAGGGUUAAUCGAGGACCUCGCGCCCAAGACCAUCACCUCGUCUGGCCACAUCCGAGUGAAACCGACACUACAGAUCGACGAUGACUCGCUUCCCAACAUUUUCGUAUGCGGCGACGUUGCCGAUACCAAGGUCGCCAACAUGAACUCGAGAAUUGCAGGACAACAAGCCGAGAUCGCAGCAGACAACAUCGUCCUAGCCGCCAGGGGGAAGAAGCCGAGUUAUACGUAUGAACCGGGGUGGGCCGAGCAAGUCAUCAAGUUGACCCUUGGAAUGGGUCAUUCUAUCACUCACUUUGGGGACGGGAAGUCCGAGUUGUUAUUUUCCCACCGGGAAACCGAUCCCGCUUUGAUGUGCGCCGGGGCUUGGCGAUCCCUAGGGGCGAAGCCAUUUGAGGACACAGGCGUGUAUAGUAGUCCUUCAUACGAAGGUACGAAGUAGAGAAGGACCUUAUGUAACUCAGGAUGAUAUCCCAAGGCCGUGGCUGGUGGCACCGGCCGACGCGCUUGGCGGGGGGGAUGCUAGAGCCUCCCUUUCGUUUUUCCUUCUAUUUCCAACUUUCCCCCUUUAUCAUAUAAAGUAGUAGCAGACUUUCUCACCCAACCAGCCUAGCCCAAGCACAGUCGUCGGUAGGUAGUAGUGUAAGUGGAUGGCGCUUGGCCUUGUUGUGGAGGGCAGCCGUAACGUGUUUUCCAUCAUUAGUAUCACGCAAAGGCCACAAAAUACAUUAUGCUACU